AAUAGAAUUCUUGAAAAUAAAUGCUAAUCACCAAGGAAAGAAGAAACUUACAUACCUUAAGAGCUUGAAGGAGGAAGAACAAACAUGCUAAUAUGUUCCAGAAUUUUUCAGAGAAGUUCAGAGCCAUUGACAUAGAAGCCACCUCCUUAGCUUAGCCCAAAAACAAGGAAAUAAGCCCAAGCCCAUAAAGCCACGGCAUAAAGUCAAGAAAUUUAUUGGCUCCUCUCGGGCAGAUUCCAUAAUUAACAGAAUUCAAACACAAAUCUCGCUGGUUCAAGACAAAGCCAUCGCUGAUUCUAUCGAAGGGGUGACUAGGCAGGAUCUCAAAUUAAUAGGCUCCUGUGCUGAUAGGUACCAUCUUACCAAUUUUUCAUCAGAUAAUUCUAAGAUGGAGAAUGACUUAGUGAGUCCUAAAACAACUGAGGCAGAGUGCCCUACAGUAUUGCUCUAAAUUCUCCUAAAAACACUGUGAUAGAAAUUAGCUCAUUCUCUAAUAUAGAACAAGACAAUCCAGAAAUUCAAGAAAAUAACUUCUUUAUUGAAAACCCGAUCAAGUUUGAGUCAAAAGAGAGUUUUAAUUUAAAACCCUCUGAUGGCCAAAAGCACACUCAAAACAGAGCCUCUAUCAGUGCUUCAACUUUAUACAGGAAAAAGCUAGCUUCCAGGAAGAAAGUUAGGAAGAAGACUAGCAGGAAUAUUUCAAGUUAUUUUUGGAAGAAGAACAAUAUUUCUAACGAUACUUGAAGGCUCAAUCUGAGAAAUAUUAUUGCUAAUAGCAACGACACCAAAUCAGACUUUGUAGGAACCACUUCUGCCACUAGUGCGUAUAAGCCCAGGCCUAUAAGCUCAGAUACUUCAUUAAAUAUCAUCCUAGGUGGUGAGAAUAUCAAUAACAAGGAUCAAGGUACUUUCUUUAUACAAGCUUUAGGUGAAAUUUCUCAUCAAAAGAUGAAUAGAACGAUUGAUUAUGCUUUUGAAGAGAAAUAUAAAGUAAUCCCACCUUCACAUUGUAAAAGAUCAAAAUGUUCUAAACUCAGACUUAAGAGCUAUAAGUCCUCUAAAAUUAACACCACUUUGAAGAAAGUUGAAAAGAAAGCCAGUAGCGAGCCAAAAUCAAAACCUCGACUCACUUGCCCGAAUUCUAAAAGAGAGAUUACUCUGAGAGUAGAGAACCUUAUCAGAGAGGAAAUGCGAAACGAUUCUAAUCGCCAAAGAGCUAAGAAGAAGGUUAAAAAGAAACUCUCAACUGAUCAUUCGUUUACUCUCAAAAAGUCCUUCAUCAUCUCUGGAGACUCACCGAAGACAUCCAAAGCAAAGAAGUACUCUGAUAAAGACAGGUCACAACACUUUCUCCAGGCUCUACCCAGAAGAACAACUAAGCUCAGAAAAGAGAAAAGUUUCAUGAUUCCAGACAAAGAGAGCUACGAUGAAAGGGAAAUAAAGUACCUCACUAAAAAGAUCUCUCAGAUGGAAGCACGCAUUGAGGAAGACUACGCUCCAAAAUCUGGAGAGGAGAAGAAAAUCAUGAAGUUUGCAAACUGCCCUCUUGAUCUUAACCAGUGGGUUAAGAAUGCAGCAACACAAAAGAAAAGUUUGAAACCAAAGCUAUCUGAGUAUCCGAUCGAGAUGCUAUAUAACCCAAAGUUCGAUGAGCUUGAGAGAUAUUUUGAUAUUGAGGAGAAAUAACGAAAAGGUCAGAACUCUGAAAAUAAUCCCAGUCACUGUAACUAUUGAUGAACGAUACAGUUGCAACCCUAGUAAAAAGAAGGCUACAAAAAUAGACAUGAAUCUUCUUGGAGAUAACCAAGUUCAUGAACAUAUCUAUUUAAAUGGUCUUCCUUCUAAGAGCGAGAAGGUUGUCAUUCCUGAUCCUCAGCCUUUUGACCGUGAAAAGUACAAUCAAGGACAGAUUAGCAAGAGAUUCACCCGUCUUAAAAGAGAACAAAACAUCAAAAGACUGAAAUCUAGCCGGAAUAUUCGUAAAGCUUUACCUAUAAAGGGCUCACUUUCCUCAAGACGAUAUGGAUUUAUCAAAAACUUAUCCCCACUUGAUAAAAGCUUGAUCAAUAGGAAGAAGAACUUAGAUACUAUCAUGAAUGAAGCGGAUAUAAUGUCAGCAACGUUGCCCUGCUACACCAGAGAAAUUCCGUAUGAGUUAGCCCUCAACCAUCUAAGAAACAACAGAAGUUUCAUCGUUCCUAAAAGUAUGAAAACAGAAAGAUAUAAAUCUAUAUCAAAAGAUAUGCAAAUGAUAGAGCGCAAUCACCAGAACGGAGGUGUAACUCCUACCCCAAUGGCCGAUGAAGAAUUUUUAGAAAAAACUGAGUUCCACGUGAUCCAGCCCAAUAUUGACCAUAUCUACUUUGAGCCUUGUGUUACAAAGAAGCCUAGGUUUAGCUUCUCUAAAGAAAUCACCAAGAGAGACUCCAAAAAGAAGCUUGAGAAUCGGACUCUUGACUCUCUCCUGAAUAUCAUCCACUUCAAAUCUGACCAAAAAGAUAAGAAAUUCAAGAAAGGGUAUAAUCACUACAAGCAAUCCUUACUUAGAAUCAAAGAAGAAAUUGGUGCGUAAAUAAUUUACCCUAACUCUGACUAAAGCUUCUGUAUGC